AUGACCCUUCCUCGCUUCCCCCGCCCCUGCCCCCGCCAGCUCCCUCCACCCCUGCAGCUCGUGCCAGAGGUGCAGAAGCCGCUGCACGAGCAGCUGUGGUACCACGGGGCCAUUCCACGGGCAGAGGUGGCUGAGCUGCUGACACAUUCCGGGGACUUCCUGGUGCGGGAGAGCCAGGGCAAGCAGGAGUACGUGCUGUCUGUGCUGUGGGAUGGCCAGCCCCGGCACUUCAUCAUCCAGUCGGCUGACAACCUGUACCGACUGGAAGGGGACGGCUUUCCCAGCAUCCCCUUGCUCAUCGACCACCUGCUGCGCUCCCAGCAGCCCCUCACCAAGAAGAGCGGUAUUGUCCUGAACAGGGCUGUGCCCAAGGACAAGUGGGUGCUAAACCACGAGGACCUGGUGUUGGGUGAGCAGAUUGGGCGGGGGAACUUUGGCGAAGUGUUCAGUGGACGCCUGAGGGCCGACAACACUCUGGUGGCGGUGAAGUCUUGUCGAGAGACACUCCCACCUGACCUCAAGGCCAAGUUUCUACAGGAAGCGAGGAUCCUGAAGCAGUACAACCACCCCAACAUCGUGCGUCUCAUUGGCGUCUGCACCCAGAAGCAGCCCAUCUACAUUGUCAUGGAGCUUGUGCAAGGCGGCGACUUCCUGACCUUCCUGCGGACUGAGGGCGCCCGCCUGAGGAUGAAGACCCUGCUGCAGAUGGUGGGGGACGCGGCUGCGGGCAUGGAGUACCUGGAGAGCAAGUGCUGUAUCCACCGGGACCUGGCUGCUCGGAACUGCCUGGUGACGGAAAAGAACGUCCUGAAGAUCAGUGACUUCGGGAUGUCCCGGGAGGAAGCCGAUGGGAUCUAUGCAGCCUCAGGGGGCCUCAGACAAGUCCCCGUGAAGUGGACGGCCCCGGAGGCUCUUAACUACGGACGCUACUCUUCUGAGAGCGACGUGUGGAGCUUCGGGAUCUUGCUCUGGGAGACCUUCAGCCUGGGGGCCUCCCCCUACCCCAACCUCAGCAAUCAGCAGACCCGGGAGUUUGUGGAAAAGGGGGGCCGCCUGCCCUGCCCCGAGCUGUGCCCCGACGCCGUGUUCAGGCUCAUGGAGCAGUGCUGGGCCUACGAGCCCGGGCAGCGGCCCAGCUUCAGCGCCAUCUCCCAGGAGCUGCAGAGCAUCCGGAAGCGGCAUCGGUGAGGCCGGGCCUCCUUCUCAAGCCAGUGGCCUCUGCAGGCAAGAUUGUACGUCCACGCAGUGUGGCUCACAUGGCCGGACGGCUCCUGCCCGUCCUGGACCCCGGCCACUGGCGUCCAUGCGGCCGGUGGCCAUGCGGCUCUGCUUGGCCGGCCCUUCCUCUUCCGGGCGGAAGUAAUAAAAACCACUUGUGCCCAUUGA